AUGUGCGUCACGAUUGGUUCGUUCUCUGACCUUCUUGAAGAAAACAUUAUGGCGGAAAAGACAGUUGUCGACAGGGAGAAGACGGCGCCAUUUUUAAUGCGGACAUUCGUUAAGGUCGGGGGUUACCAUCGAACCGAGUUUUUUGAGGAUGGAACAUUGCCAACGACGGACGAGCACCAAAUUUUUACAUGGAGGGACGCAACGUUGAAAGAAAUCCUGACUACGCUACGCCUCACAACGACCAACACCGAAAUUCGACACCCGGUCGCAAAAUUCGGGUUCCGCUCUCUGUACGCUGAUUCUUCUACAAAAGGACGCAUCACGACUCGAGACCUUGGUAUGGUCUACUCGCGCGAUAUUCUCGGCGAACCAGGUUCGCUGGAAGCUCCUGCUCCUCGGUUAUUACAGGACUCGGAGGACGAAGUCGACACAGGGCGCACGCUAGAGGAGUUGCGAUUCAUGCCUGGAGACUUUAUGUGUAUCUCCGUUAUUCUUCCAAAACACGUAACAGCUCCGGAUGCGUCAAUUCGAGGAGCAGCAGCCGGAGCUCCAACAUCAGGUGUCGCGAACGGAUGGAAAAAUGGUCCGUCAAGUCCGCCUGGUCCGCCUGGUGGACUAGGCCGUGGUGGAGGACACUGGAGAGGAGGCUCCGAGCCUGGUGGAGGACGUGGCCGGAUUGGACGCGGUGACCGUCCUCGGAGAGAUCUGGACCGGGAUAUCGUAGAACGCGACAGACGAAUCCCGCCACCCAGACGCGGACGCGACUCACCACCUUAUAGGGACACGUAUGACCGUCGCGACCGACGUUCACGGUCCCCGUACUCGCAUUCACAUUCUCCACCUCGGAGGUAUCGUUAA